CUCAAACACUGGUGACGACGUUCAAAUGCGCCUACUGUCUCGGUAAUCACAUGAUUUUUAUGUUGCGUCAGUUGUGUAGUGUAGCAAACUCUAGCAGCUAUUUUCUCAAUGAUACAGGGAAUAUCACAUAACGUUGGAGAAUAUGAGACGUGCAGAAGCUAGUGAACACGUAGAGUAAUUUUGUGGAAUCCUUAGGCCUCGACCUUGAACACUUUUUUAAAGCGAAGUAGUUAGAUAGAUAGCUAACGUUAAGCACGUUUCCUUUUCAUGACUAACUUCUGCUUGUUGUACCAGUCAGUCAGAAUGGGUCAUUUUCUAUAUCUCACCACCUUACUGUACCUGCUUGUUACGAGUUGCUCGGGCUCCCCUCCCUCGAAUUUCAUCCUCCUGUUCGCGGACGACAUGGGGUUCGGCGACCUAGGAUGCUACGGCCAUCCCACCUCGCUCACCCCAAACCUGGACCGAUUGGCGGCCGACGGACUGAGAUUCACCGACUUCUACUCCACCAGUCCCGUAUGCAGCCCCUCCAGGGCGUCUUUGCUGACAGGGCGCUACCAGACCCGUUCAGGGGUGUACCCGGGGGUGUUCUACCCUGGUUCCCGCGGGGGUCUACCGCUGAACGAGACCACCAUAGCGGAGGUGCUAAAGCCCCUGGGCUAUGCCACGGCAGCCAUGGGGAAAUGGCACCUGGGGGUGGGGGAGAACGGGAUGUACCUGCCCACCCGACAGGGCUUUGACCACUACCUGGGGGUCCCCUACUCCCAUGACAUGGGACCCUGUCAGAACCUGACAUGUUUCCCUCCGGACGUUAAAUGCUUCGGACACUGUGACGUCGGCGUGGUAACCAUCCCACUAAUGCACAAUGAUGUUAUCAAGCAGCAGCCUGUGGACUUCCUGGAUCUGGAGAGGGCUUACAGCGACUUCGCCACAGACUUCAUCACCCAGUCUACCAGGAAGAAACAACCCUUCUUCCUCUACUACCCCUCUCAUCACACCCACUACCCCCAGUAUGCAGGCCCAGCAGCGGCAGGGCGGUCUCGUAGGGGUCCGUUUGGUGAUGCUCUGCUGGAGUUUGACUCUACAGUAGGGAACCUGCUCUCAGCUCUGGAACAGACUGGAGUCCUCAACAACACUCUCAUACUGUUCACUGCUGAUAAUGGACCUGAGUUGAUGCGUAUGUCUCGGGGGGGUAAUGCUGGCCCUCUGAAGUGUGGUAAGGGCACAACCUACGAAGGGGGCAUGAGAGAACCUGCCAUCGCUUACUGGCCUGGGACCAUCACACCAGGGGUCACCCAUGAGCUGGCCAGCACCCUGGACGUCAUGCCCACCAUCGCAGGGCUGGCGGGGGCCAAACUACCAAUGGUGCAGCUGGACGGCGUGGACAUGAUGGACAUCUUGGUCAACCACGGACCGAGUAAGAGAGAGGCCAUGAUGUUCUACCCUACAGACCCUAAUGAGCAGUACGGCCUGUUCGCUCUCAGGCUGGGCAAAUACAAGGCUCACUUCUACACACGCGGUGCAGGCCACAGUGAGACCACCCCAGACCAGGACUGUCACAUAAUCUCCUUCCUGAAGCCCCAUGAUCCUCCCCUGCUGUUUGACCUGGAGUCUGACCCCAGUGAGAACUACCCCUUGUCCCCACUGGGACGCCCCGACCUGCAGGCCCUGCUGCAGAGGAUAGGCGCGGUCAAGGAACAGUUUGAAGCCUCCAUGGAGUUUGGGGAGAGCCAGAUCGGGAAAGGAAGCGACCCUGAUCUAGAGCCCUGCUGCACCCCACACUGCACCCCCAAACCUUCGUGCUGCCAGUGUGGCUGAUGCAACCUCAAACCUACAGUAUUGCUUGUACUAUACCUUUUGUAAGACUAGUUCUAGUACCUCUAUUACUGUGGAUGGGGUACCCCAAACGUAACCUCUGAAAGUGUGGAAAGACAGUUAUUUAAGCCAUAUGAGAGACUGUGGGAAGCAGCACUUUAUCAAACAUUAGAAAUGGUACAUCCAGUAUGGCCACUGUUCCACAUGAGUGUCUGAUCUAGCAAUUCUAAUUUUAUGGAUGAGGGCAGCCUCAUGUGGACAAACCCUGCAUUCCAGUGACAACAACACCCAAAGACUACUGUAAUGGGCCCAGUUUCCGAAAAGCAUCUUAAGGCUAAGUUCAUCGUUAGAACCUUCGUAGGAGCAUCAUUAAAUCUCCGAGCUGUUUCCCAAAACCAUUGUUACUAAAGUUGCACUUGAAAACACUUGUCACUUACCGACUGCCUCAGACCUUUAUACACAGAAGACCUCUGCUAAACAUAAAAUCAAGAUGUUUAUCUGUCUCUGUGACCGCUGGGAACUUCACAACGAAGUUGACUACAAAUACAAAGUUGCCAAUGUCACUGCAAUUUUUACAAACAAGCGAAGGAUAAAAAGAUGCUUCAAAUGACAUCUGAGAUAACUGCAUUAAAAUAAUAAUUGCCUACAGUAUAGGCUACAGGCCUAUAUAAUUCAAUAAUAUUUAAAUACAUUUCAUGUUCAUUCAAUUGAGUUCUAUUUAGUUCAUUUUAGGCUGUCUAAUUUUUGCCUUAAAAUAUUUCAUGAUGUGUUACAACCUCACAAUGAUGUGUGCCAGAUCUUGCGUUAUUAUAGCGCAAGCAUUAGAAUAAGCCACCUCAACAUUUGCAGUAAUAGGUGAUAUCUUCCGUCAACAGUAUUGUGGAAUAAUUCUGUUAAUGUCAGAUUUGAAAGGAGAACGCGGAUCUGGGAGCAGCGCUGCCUUUCUUUUGAUCCUAUCAGUAUCGACACUAUGCCUCAACGACGCACUUAGCAACUGUUCUCCAUAAGUGGUGUUUUGGGAAACGCAUGUUACAUCUUCGGCCGUUGCAUCGUUAAAACACUCGUAAGCCUAAAUUCCAUCGCUAUCAGGAAACCGGGCCCUGGCUAGUUUUACGAAAGACAGAGUGUGUGUAUUCUUUUUAAAUGCAGGAGUAUAUUAAUACACUAUUUUAUAGUGAGAGAGAAUGUAACAUCUUAAACCAAGGAGAAGUGGUAGCUAAGUUCAAACCUAUCUUUGCUAACUAGACAGACCUUCAUGUAUCAAAUUGUACAAAGUUGAAGUGAAUGGUAUUUUACAGAUGACAAUUAUUUUAUAUAGCCUAGCUACUCUAUAAUCAGGUUGUUGAUCCGAACUUCAGAUACAUGAUUGUAACUUGGACCUAAAUCAUGCAUUAAUGUUGACAUCUGAAUUACAGUGGCAGAUCUGAAUGUAAGAUUUGACCCUAUAAAUGAACAGAUGAUUCAUAGAAACUAUUAUUGUGAUCCAGUAGCACGGUCACACAAGCACAAGAAAGAGACAGUCAGACGCAUUUGGACAUCAAGCAUAUAUUUUAUUCAUAAGACCUAACCCAUGACAAGGCAGAUUGUAUUUUUUUAAACUUUUAGAUUUGUACAAGUCCUCAUUUUUUAAAGAUACAGUAUAGAUACAUUUGUUUUUGUCACAUACUGAAGCUCUAGUUAUACAGUGAAGAAUCUUGUUUGUUUAUGUAUUAAAGUCCAAAGUUUAGAUUAACUGGAUGUUUGAGCUGCUAUACAGGACUAGGGAAUCAUUGGGGGUUGGUUGGUGUACUGUAGCUAUCAGGGAAGAUGGAAGGGAUUCAACUAAGCUCUUACAAGACAGAAAAAUAAAAGACAAAACAAACUGGUACAGGUAAGAGAUGGAGCAUGUCUGGAGCUCAAAGCCAUGGGCUACAUUGGCAAGAUGCGAUAGGUUCCCGUAUGAAAGCUGUUUUUAAUUGGUUCAGCUCCACUACUCUGCUCUAUCAGCAGAUUGGCCAGCGAUUGGGUGGGUAUGUCAUUGGAUCUCAGCAAGGUCAACGGUGACACUACAUGUGUACCCUAAUGAUGAUUUCACAUGUCACAGAUGUGCCUAAAGGGGUGCUGCUAAAGCCUGUAUGUGGGGUGAAUGUCUGAGUUGGCAAGAACUCAAAAUGUCACCUUUGUGGUUGACGUAGAGACAACGAGUGGAAACGCAACAAACUCAAAUUAAAACAAGAACCGGUCAUUUAAAAAUUA